UCCCCGUGUCCCCGGUCCUUCCCCGCCCCGCCCCGCCCCGGCACUCGCCAUGGCCCCCUCGGGGCUGCCGCAGCGGGGUUCUCUGGCUCAGCUGGCGCGGGACACGGUCUGCGUGGGCUGCGGGCAGCGGCUGCGCGACCCGGUGCUGCUGCCGUGCGAGCACAGCUGCUGCCGCCGCUGCCUCCAGAGCUCCCGCGAUCCCGGGACACCCCCGGAGCUCGGAGCGCCCUUUGCCGUCCGCUGCCCCCGCUGCUACCGGCCCUGCGCCCCGGGCCGCCUGCGCACCCCGCGAGCCCUCGCAGUCGAGAGCCGCAUCGCCCAGCGCCUGGCGGGGACCCCCGCGCCCCAACGGCGGCCCCGAGGCGGCAGCCUGGGGGCCCAGCUCCGAGCCGAUGCUGCAGCCCCCCCACAUCCCCCAACCCUGAAGGAGACCCCCAAGAUGGGAGGGGGUGAAGCUGCGACCCCCCCCUUGCUGAUGCCCACCCCCCCUCCCCAAUAAACA